AUGAAAGUAACGACUUCGAUUUCCGGCACAUACAAGUUUAAAGAUACAAGUGCAAUAGAUAGUUAUGCGUUUCUAUAUACGAAUUAUUCAGAAUCACUGACUGCUUGCGAAAAUCUUCCCAUUGAAAAUGACGAUCUUAAUCAUACAGCAUUUCAAUUUGAAUUUCAAUACAGAUUACAAUCGAAUCAAAUGUAUAUUUUAAAUGGUUCAACGUAUAGUUCUCUUAUCACUGGUGGAUUUAAUAUUGUGACCAUUGGUUCAGACUCGGCCAAUUCCAAUCGCAUUACCAGUUUCAGUGGGCCAUUAUCGUGUUUUAUCUGCUUUUGUAAAAUGUGA